AAUCCAUUUCACGACGUGGGAGACCACCUAAUUUGAUUUUUUUCUUUCUUGGUUGCAAAGUUUUAAGUCCAUUGUUACGCCACAAGUGAACUCACCCGAACAAAAUAGUUUGCAAUAAUUUUUACAAGGAAUUAAUGCCGAAAAGUAAUGUGCAUCAUUAUCAUGAAGAGUGGGCUUUGAAAUAACCAGUGAGAAUUUUUGGGCAAUAAUUUUCACAAUUUCAUCCUUUAUCUCGUUGGAACUACACACAAAACCUACUAAAACCUAAUCAGAGUUAUUGUUGCUAGUUUAAAGUCGUUAAUCGACUUUAAAAUUAUGCGGUUGUGAAGGAAGAUUUUAUUGCGUUUUAUCUUUAUCUGAAGCAAAUGAUUUGAAGAUUUUAAUUGGAUAAAAACUUCAGUGUGUCGCUAACUCUUGGAGUAAAAUGUCUAGUGUGCGAGUGGAGCAACUUUUAACGUACUUUUGCUUGUUAUUUACUUUUACGUCCACCAAGUCGAUAUUCCAACCUCAGGAACUUGAACAUGGAUUAAAAGAAGUAGAAAAUAUUUUCCCUGAUACGGCACAUCCCGAUGUAGUUAAAGUUUCUUCUAGUUUAUACGAGAAUGACGACCAUACUACUAUUUGCUGGAACGAAGAAACAAUUCUACAUUUUUUUUCUAAUGGUAGUAGUGCCGGGUAUGUGGAGUAUUCGAUUAGCUUGUCAGUAACUGCCACGGAACCUAUUCCCGAAAAUGAUGACCAAGUCGAACAAUAUGAAAUAACGAGUAAAACUAAAGGGUCGAAGCAAGUGUUAGAUUUCAUCACCAUCAAGGACGAUGCCGAAGAAACAACGAAAUAUAACAAAACCUCGAUCUGUAAAUCAGGGAAAGCUUAUAUUAGGACGUUCUUGGGGACGCGGGAGAAGGCAAGAACUGAAGUAAAAUUGAAACCCAUUAAGGAAGAACUGGACAUGAAUUCAGUGGUAUCUGUAAACGGGCACGACUCCGAAAGCCUCAGCGAUCUUGGCGAAGCUAACAGUAAUGUCAGCGGCGAAGCUGAAAGUAAAGCCAGCGGCGAAACCGACAGUGGAACCAGUGAAGCCGACAACGAAACCGGCAGCGACGCUGACAGUGGAACGUCCGCAGCUGAUAGUGUAAGCAGCGGAGAAGACGACAGUAAAAGCUCCAGCAAAGAUGAGAGUGACUUUGAGAGUCUACCCGAUGAUCAGAACAACACAAUAACGAAUGUAGCGAGAAUGCACAGCGACAAUGUUUCACCCGCAGGAUUUUCGUCGAAUGGGAGAGCCCAUGAGGAUGCAUCUAGCAGUGGAGCUGACAGUCAAACUGACAAUGCAGGGUUGGAAGAUAGUGACUCAUUUUCGGCGUAUGGUGAAGCUGACAAUGCAGCUGAUGAUCAACCCGACCAAGCAAAGGGCGUCGGAGCUUACGGUGGAACACACACUAACUUAGAGGGAAUGUAUAACGGCUAUGUUAUGCCCGGAGCGUUGGAAGGUGGCGUCUCAUUUCCGUCGAAUGGGGAAGUCGAUGCGGAUGCAUUUAGUGGUGAAGCUGACAGUGGACAGGGUAUCGGAGCUUACGAUGGAACACACACGAACGUAAUGGGAAUGUACAACGGCUAUGUUAUGCCCGGAGCGUUGGAAGGUGGUGUCUCAUUUCCGUCGAAUGGGGAAGCUGAUGCAGAUGCAUUCAGUGGUGAAGCUUACAAUGCAGCUGAUUAUGAACCCGACCAAGCAACGGGUAUCGGGGCUUACGGUGGAACACACACUAACUUAGUGGGAAUGUACAACGGCUAUGUUAUGCCCGGAGCUAUGGACGGUGCUGUCUCAUUCCCGUCGAAUGGGGAAGCCGAUGCAGAUGCAUUUAGUGGUGAAGCUGACAAUGCAGCUGAUGAUGAAUCCGACCAAGCAAAGGGUAUCGAAGCUUACGAAGGAACACACAAUAACGUAGUGGGAAUGGACAACGGCUAUGUUAUGCCCGGAGCUGCGGAAGGUGCUGUCUCAUUUUCGUCGAAAGAGGAAGCCAAUUUGGAUACAUCCAGCAGUGAAGCUGACAAUCCAGCUGAUGAACCCGACCAAGCAAAAGGUAUCGGAGCUUACGGAGAAACAUACAAUAACGUAGUGGGAAUGGACAACGGCUAUGUUAUGCCCGGAGCUGCGGAAGGUGCUGUCUCAUUUUCGUCGAACGGGGAAGCCAAUACGGGUAUAUCCAGCAGUGCAGCUGACAGUGCAGCUUUUAGAGGACUGAAAAAUACUAUCCCAAUUUCGCCGACUAAGGAAUCUGAUUUCGAAGGCAUGGAAAGCCCUGGCGUCUGGGACCAAGUGAUGGCAAUGUUAUACGGGUAUCCACCCACUAUGGGUCAGUCAGGUCCACUGAGUGCAGAUCAGGUCAGUGCAAGUUGGAAUGGUAAUGCACGGAACCUUGUUGGUAAUAGCGCUAUGGGUUUCGGUAAUAACCAGCCGUACGCGUUUUCUGACCAGCACGGUUAUGGUGGUCACCAAAUGUACGGUUAUGGAGGUCAGCAGCCGUUCCAUUCUCGUAGUCAGCAACCGCUGAGCUAUGGUAGUCAACAGUUCAGCAAUGCUAAUUACCCAAGAGGCGAUGUCCGGAUUAACCAACCAAUCGGUUCCGACACCUAUCCCUGUCAAAAUGGAAAAGUCAAGAUAAAACUGAACUUGGGUGUCGAAGGCGACGUUGGAAAAGUCGAAGAGGUUUACAAAGAAGUGGAAAUCGACUUAUCUCAACCAAUGGAUAAUUCCCAAGGUGGCAAUUUCGAUCAUCAAUUGAGUUCGUUGUUGCGCACUUAUCUAGGUGACGUAUUAUCCAGGCACCAAUCAUGUAAUCCCUCUUCCAACGAAAACGUCAACUCAAUAAAUAAUUUCAAUCAUCGUUAUAAUUACGGUUACGGUGAUCGUACCUCCUACGACUACCCUGUGGAGGCGAACGGUUACUACUACCCCGACGUGCGGGUCUUGGCCCCGCAGGGUUACGCUAAGCACUCCUACGGGCCCACCGUCGCACCCCAAGUAUCUUCGGUGAUGAAAGGUUACCAAAUGCACCCCACCCUUCAGACCGUCACGCCUUCUUCGAGCAUAGAGGGUCACUAUUUGCAACCCGACUCGGAAGCCGUCGUGCAUCAAAUGCCCUCGGCAACGCCCGAGUUGCAAAUCGUCCCACCACAGGGGUCUUCGGGGGUUGAUGGUCACAAUCAGCAUGCUAGGCAGACCAUGGAACCCGUUAGGUCUUCGCAACUUCCCUCUGUGAUAGGCAUCAAGGAGGAAGAAACUGAGAACUUCCCGACAUGGUUAGACACGUUGAAACAAAAGGUUGCUGAAAGCUUCAAAAGUGUCUUUCUUUAUCCUAGUUACUCAAAAUAACUUUCUCGUAUUUUAUCUUAUCUUUAAAUAAAAAAAUGCACCUUGUAUGCAGUUUUAUUUAAUUGCACUUGAGUGAGUAGUCAUUUGAUGGCAGAGAUGAAGACGAUCAUCUGCAUCUUGUUGAUGGUGGCCUCUGCUUGGGGGCAGAGCUACAACUGCACGUCUGCAGGAAGAUUUAGGUACAAAGAUUCAGCUUGUCGUUCCUACUACUUGUGCGUUUUGUACAACGGUGGCUACGUCAAGAGUGACUACACGUGUCCAAGUACCAUGAUUUUCGACCCAACGAGCCAAACAUGUUCGACCACGGCGGUUUGCAUCGACAACAUCUGCGAUUCUGUACCUUUGGUACCACUUUUCCCCAAGUUGCCGGACCCCAAUGGGCCCGACUGUCACACCUACAUCCAGUGCAUGGGCAUAAUUGACCGCUACCCGGUGGUCGGAACGUGCCCAGACGGCCUACUAUUCGACAACAACUUCAACCCAGAACCAGACUGUUGGAUUCAAGGAAACUGUAGUACUUAAAAAACAACCCAUUGUCUUGAAAUAAAAGCAAAACAAACGUUAUCACUUCGCGUUUGUUUAUGUUAAGCAGUCUUUGGUAUUUAAAUAAAGUCUUCGUUCGAUUAA